UUAAGACUGUUUUUAAUACUAGUAUUUUUUACGCCCCGCAAGGAUUUAGCGGAUUUUAGAAAUACUCCGGUGGAGAUCGCGCGGUUUGAUUUAUCGGUAUCUGUUCUGUGUUUACGUUUGGUGACGGGCUGACCGCGUGCUCGUAAUCCAGCGGCUUGGAGCAGAUUAUGACGGAUAUCAGCGGAUUUGGUGCACUGUGAUCAGGAGCAAUCCCGUUCAACAGCUGUUCAACUGAUCUAACCGAGGAAUUAGCAAAAUUUUCACUGUACACCAAAUGCGAGCAGCCUAAACUUCCAACCGUAGUCGCAUAGCGGCUCAUUGUUCAUCCCCCGUGGCACAAAGGCUUCACCAUUCAUCUCCGCGUGUACAAGGAGGCGCUGGCGGCUGGCAUGGAGCCGCUAAGCGAGAACGGCCUAUGCCUCAGUGAGCUGGACCUGCACGGUGGCGGCCAUUUGCACGAGUCAGUGGCCGCUUCCGUCGGCUCGGCCAUAUCGAGUCUGAUGGCGCCAUUACAUCACGAACCGCAGCACACGCCUUUACACCACGCGCCGCCAUUACAUCAUGAACCGCUCGAGAAGUUAAAAUUAUGGGCAGAGACGGGCGAUUUCCGAGACAGUGGACACUCAUCACUUGCGUCUGGUGGCUCAGGCAUAGAGCAGACCUCCCUCUACGGCCAACCACGACAACGACGUGACCGCAAACAUACCGACGACAGUCGUCCACUAACAUCAGAGCCGACAAUAAAGACGGAGUCGACGACACCCGGUGUAGGCCCCGACGAGCCAUCUCUAGACGAUAAAGGCGAUAAGAAGAACAAACGGCAAAGGCGACAAAGGACACAUUUCACCAGCCAACAGCUCCAAGAACUAGAGGCAACCUUCGCGAGGAACCGAUAUCCAGACAUGUCGACGCGCGAGGAGAUCGCGAUGUGGACUAAUUUGACUGAAGCGAGAGUUCGGGUCUGGUUUAAAAAUCGGAGAGCCAAGUGGAGGAAACGUGAAAGAAACGCAAUGAACGCAGCCGCGGCGGCCGCUGCGGAUUUCAAGAACGGUUUCAGUACGCAAUUCAACGGUUUGAUGCAGCCAUUCCCCGACACGGAUGCGCUUUACUCUUCGUAUCCGUACAACAACUGGGCAGCAAAGGUGCCUAGUCCUCUGGGCACGAAGAGCUUUCCGUGGCCCGUGAAUCCUUUGGGCCCAGUGGUUCCGGCUAGCCAUCACCAAGGGUCCGUCAACUGUUUUAACACGGCGACGUCGAUGGGUGCGGUGGGCGGUGGCGGUAUGAGUGGUGUGGGUGGCGGCAGCGUAGGUGGCGGCGUGGCGCCGUGCCCGUAUACGACGCCAGCCAACCCCUACAGCGUUUACCGCACGGAGCCGUACCCCGCGAUGUCGUCGUCUAUCGCGUCGCUGCGAUUGAAGGCCAAGCAGCACUCGUCAUUCAAUAGCGGCUACGGGGCGAUGUCGCCGGUGUCCCGUGCGGGCUCGGCGCCGCUAUCGGCGUGCCAGUACGCGACGGGCGGCGUGGUAGCGGACCGCGUGCUCUGA